CCGGAGCGGGGGUGCCUCCCCCGGUAUAAGGCAGCAGCGGGGCCGGUCCGGCCGAACGGAGCUGCGGCGGUUCGGGCAGAGGAGGUGUGCGACAGCGGCAGCAUGCGCGAGUGCAUCUCGGUCCACGUCGGCCAGGCCGGCGUCCAGAUGGGCAACACCUGCUGGGAGCUGUACUGCCUGGAGCACGGCAUCCAGCCCGACGGGCAGAUGCCCAGCGACAAGACCAUCGGUGGAGGGGAUGACUCCUUCACCACCUUCUUCUGUGAGACCGGUGCCGGGAAGCACGUCCCGCGGGCCAUCUUUGUGGACCUGGAGCCCACUGUGAUCGAUGAGAUUCGAGGAGGGGUCUACAGGCAGCUCUUCCACCCGGAGCAGAUGAUCACUGGCAAGGAGGAUGCUGCCAACAACUAUGCCCGUGGGCACUACACCAUCGGCAAGGAGAUCAUCGACCAAGUGCUGGACAGAAUCCGGAAGCUGGCUGACCAGUGCACAGGUCUCCAAGGCUUCCUUGUGUUCCGCAGUUUUGGAGGUGGCACUGGCUCAGGAUUCACCUCCCUGCUGAUGGAACGACUCUCCGUUGACUAUGGCAAGAAGUCCAAGCUUGAGUUCUCCAUCUACCCAGCCCCACAGGUUUCCACUGCCGUGGUGGAGCCCUACAACUCCAUCCUCACCACACAUAGCACCUUGGAGCACUCGGACUGUGCCUUCAUGGUGGACAACGAGGCCAUCUAUGACAUCUGCCGCAGAAACCUGGACAUCGAGCGCCCAACCUACACCAACCUCAACCGCCUCAUC